AUGACUUCUGGAGGCUUUGGCGGUAUUGACUCCAAGUUAAAUUCUCUCUCCUUAGUUUCUAGGGACAAAAAAAUCAUUGUUGCAGUCGAUUAUGGAACAACAUAUACUGGAGCGGCUUAUGUGAAUUCCAUCAGUGAUGCCGAUCCAUGUGUUAUCACGACAUGGCCUUCGACAGGAAGAGACACGGAUCACGUAUUCAAGACACCCUCGACUAUCGCUUACCCAGAGGAGAAUAGGAAAAUAGGGAAGCAGCGUUGGGGGUUCCAGGUCGAACCGGGACUGAAAUUCUACUCAUGGACCAAAUUGCUUCUCGAUAAGAACGCUCCAUUAACGAAAUAUGAUGACCCAAUGCUGGAGCAGGCCACCAAAUCAGGAAUCUUGCAACUACCUCCAGAUAAAGAUGCAGUGGAUGUCGUCGCCGAUUAUCUUACCGGCGUAUACGAGCACAUCAUGCUCAUACUUGAAAAGGGACUCACUGAGCCUAUUUUGAGCGUGUCUCCCAUUGAGUUUUGGUUCACGAUGCCAGCGAUAUGGUCCGACCAAGCACAGGCUGCGACCAAAGAAGCAGCACAGAGAGCCGGUUUUGGGCCCAGGCCCGGGAGAUUAUCAGAUGUCAUCUACAUGAUCACUGAGCCAGAGGCGGCUGCCAUUGCAGCUCUGACAAGAAGCACAACUGACGUAGUCAGUGUUCCAGUGAAGGCUGGCGAUGGAGUUCUGGUGUGCGAUUGUGGAGGAGGGACUGUUGAUAUCACGACAUAUCUAGUCACAGAAACCAAACCAACACUGGCUUUUGAAGAGCUUUGUACGGGAAUUGGUGGAAAAUGCGGCUCGACUGCACUUGACAGAAAUUUUUACAAACUCAUGUCCGAACGCUUCGGCCCUGCGUUCGAUACUCUACCAGCCAAAAAAAAGGGGCCUGGAAGUGCCUUUAUGGGACGGUUUGAAGUCCUCAAGAGGAACUUUGGCAUAGAGAGUGAGGAUACCACGCACGAACUUGAGCUCUCUAUGAGACCUUCACAGGUGGAUCCUCAAUAUUACGACGAGGACGAGGGGGCAGUUAUUAUAUCUUACCAAGAUCUCCGCGAUAUCUUCGAUCCAGUUGUGGAUCAGAUCAUAGACCUGAUUAGAAUACAGAUGGAAGAUGCAAGCAAAGAUAUGGAAGCCGGCAUAAUCAAUAGAAUCAUCCUUGUUGGUGGCUUCGGAGAUUCGGAAUAUCUACGACAAAAGGUCAAGAAAAUAUUUGGCUCUGAGAAGAUGAUUAUCACUGUACCAAGCAAUCCGCAGAGCGCUAUUGUCCAAGGAGCCGCACUUCGUGGUUUGCAAGGCAUUCGGGCUACAGCAAGAAAAUGUCGCCGAAAUUACGGUUUCAGUUGGAAUAUUGAAUUCCGAACAGGAAUUGAUGAUGACAAACAUGCUUACUGGGAUAAAUUUGCGAACAGGAAAUUGGUGUCAGGAAUUUUAAAAUGGAUGAUCAAAAAGGGAGAGAAAUAUCAAGAAGACGACUCCGUGGUUGUAGAUGUCUGCCGGAACCACUGGCCCUCAGGCUCGCUUUUAUAUUAUACAAGCCUGUAUACCUCCGAUUUGAUUGAGGCUCCAGAGCGACUUGAGAAUCCUAACGUUCAAUAUAUUGGCAGCAUAGAGAAUGAUUUCUCUGGCGUUGACCUCACUCAAUUUCCAAGCAAGAUCAUCGACGGACAAUUGGUAUAUUCUCUGGAAUAUACCAUUAAAGUGAUAUUUGGUGCUCAAGAAGGAAUUUUGAAGUUUGAGUCUACUUCAAAUGGAAAAGUUAUUGGGAAAAGCACUAUCACUUUUGCCAAAGCAAGCCAUUAUUAG